GGGACCAAAACAAUACGCAUCACAAAGACUACAGCACUUUUAGUGAACCGUACAGUGCGCGAAAACGGCCGCAAAUCAGUGUCGCAAUCUCCAGUUGCUUUGCGAAUAUAUACUACAGUGAUCGAUUGAGAGAUGGUUUCGCCAGUGACAGUGGUGAAGAGCGAAGGCCCUAAACUGGUGCCCUUCUUCAAGUCUACCUGUGUCUACUUCGUCCUGUGGCUACCAACCUCAAGCCCUUCUUGGUUCAGCGCCCUCAUCAAGUGUCUACCCAUCUUCUGCCUGUGGCUUUUCAUGCUGGCCCACGGCUUCAGCUUCUUAGGUGCCCACUCCAAUGCUCGCAAGAUCCUGGCCGGUCUCAUCUUCUCUAGCCUGGGAGAUGCCUUUCUCAUCUGGCAGGAGGAUGGCUACUUUAGCCACGGUUUGCUGAUGUUUGCCAUCUCCCACAUCCUCUACUCCUCGGCCUUCGGUAUGAAGCCCCUGAACCCGCUUGCCGGCCUGGUGAUCGGCGGCAUUUCGGCCGUGAGCUACGCCCUGCUCUACCCCUACCUCUCAGGCCCCUUCACCUACCUGGUGGGGGUCUAUAUCGCCCUGAUCGGCUUCAUGGGCUGGCGGGCCGUGGCCGGCCUCCAGUUGGCCAAUGACCUGUGGACCUGGACCAAGAUGUCGGCAUGUCUGGGCGCUGUACUCUUCAUGGUCUCCGACCUCACUAUUGCCGUUAACAAGUUCUGCUUCCCUGUGCCGCACUCACGCGCCGUUAUCAUGGCCACCUACUACGCCGCGCAGAUGCUGAUCGCGCUCUCCGCCGUCGAGUGCCAGGAUGUGGAAACGGCAAGGAAGAUGGCAUGAAGAGGAGAGAGCGAGGUUGCGUCACGUGAUCAAGAAGAUGUGAUAGGGGCAGCCAAUCCCCCUUGUUUUUGUCAUGGAUAUAUUCCCGAGACAGUUACCCCCAAACCCCAGACUUUGGUUGUAGCGUGGCAUUCACACACCCUUGUUACCAUGGAAACUAGUGUACUACCACCAGCCUGUCCCAUGGCUAGUGGGACAGUCAAAGACCCUAGUUACCAUGGAGACAAGUGCACUACUUUUAACCCUCAACUACUGCCCUACAGUUCUCGUAGAUACGUCCUAGUUACUAGAGAGUAGUGCACGACAACUUCCCCACCUCACUGCCUAGGAUGUUGGUACAGAUGACCAUACAGAUCACCAUGUCAAGGUUUGUGUGUGGGUGUGGGUGCGUGUGCGUGCGUAUUAGGUUAGAGGAUUGAUACUAUAUAACCUACAGAUGAGUGUGAAUUCUCAUGGCCCGCUACAAUAAUAGCACUUCCUUCUUAACUUCCUUCUGCCCCCCAGUCAUUGGCUGCCCUCUCCACCUCAUUUACAUUAUAAUGUGGUCCAAUAUUGCAAAUUCAAAUGGAUGUGUUUCCUGUGGCAUAUUGUCUUUGCAACUAUUUUAUCACCAUUAUUUAAUUUAUCUCUGAAAAGGGAGUUGCUAUAGUGAAUAAGUUUGCACAUCUCGACUUGUUAUGGGGGAGGUUGUGUCCCAUAACUGCUGUCUGUUCUCAUGUAUUUAGGUGCUGUUCUCAAAGUCUGGAGCACAUCCACCCUCCUUUUUUACUGAUUUUAGUCUCUUCACUUUCACUUAAGACAAACUGCCUUUUGUACUUCUGCUCGCCACACUCCUAUUAGAAUACAUCCUCUCGCCUGUGUCUAUGAGCCUAUGAAAAUGGCUGUGAAUGUCUACGCACCCACACAGAGAGAGAGAGAGAAUUUGUGGACUUUUACCUAGCUAGCUGUUGCUAAAUAAUUUGUCCUGGGAUAUGAACAUUGGGUUGCUAUUGUAACUGAAAUCCAUAUGGUCCUUCUAUCUGCUGGAUCUUUGUAGAAUUUUGUACCCAUUUUGAGUCCCACAAAAUCAUGUGUUCUCUACUCCGACAAUGAAUCGAAAGGUAAAAGGGAAAACCUAGUAUGUUUUCUUUGAUUCAUCUCUCCUCAUUCAUUCCUCUUUGGAUUUUAUAUGACUGUUGGCAACUGGCAUUAAGGCUCAUGACCUCAAUCAAAUAGGCUGGAGUGUGGACCUGCUUCAUCUUUCAAUCACUCACGUGGGUUUGUAUGAUCCUAAAAACCAAGGCGGAGAUGGGAGAGGCAUGACUUGCCGCGCCAAAUAAAACCAAGUUCUAUUUUAGUGCCUGGCUAUGCAGGUGACGUGCGUGAGCAGUUUCGAUGACAUUAUUGAAGAACAUGUAUGUCUACAUUUAUUUUUUUCAACACUCGCGCACGCUACCUGGCCGAUUUGGUCAGCAUGUGAGAGAGAUCAUUUGAGAGCACCUGCUCUAGUAUUUUACCACAGUCAUACUGAUCACUCAAAAGGCUGGUCCCUAAGGGGAACAUUUUUCUUAGAUCUGUGUGUGUGUGUGUGUGUGUGUGUGUGUGUGUGUGUGUGUGUGUGUGUGUGUGUGUGUGUGUGUGUGUGUGUGUGUGUGUGUGUGUGUGUGUGUGUGUGUGUGUGUGUGUGUACCCUCUGUACCUGAGGCAUCUCACAGUGUUCCUCCUUUACUGUUUAUGUUACCCUGAACACGCACAAACACACACAAAUAUACACGCUUCCUUCAGGUCACACUUCAUACCCCCAGCUCCUGCUGGUUUGGUUAUUAGAAGAAGGCUGGUGGUGCCCUUAUUGCUGGAACAUUUUCAGCUACCAACUGUGUGCCUAUGGCCAUAUAAAGUGUUACGAAAAGGACAUGUUGGCUGAAGCCAGUCCUUGUUUUGUCUGCAGUGCUUGGGCCUUCAGAGAAGAACACAGCCCUAGGACACCCUGGUCCCUUAGGGUCCAAACACAGCCAAAAAAGAGAGAGAAGACUGGCCAAUGGUUUCAUUAGCACAAGGGAACAAUUAUACCACUCAAUCCCGAUUGGUUAUAUCCCCCUAGAUAGAUAUGCAGCUAUGACACUUAUCUGGCAUAGUAUUUUUCUCUGUUGCACCAGCUAUAGGGCCAUCUUUGCUGAGUUAUUGUGAAAUUUAGGAAAACAGAUAUAUUGUUAUACUUGUUGCAUGUUAUUUUAGUGUGUGUGUACUGUAUGUGUGUGCGUGUGUGUAGGUGUGUGUCGAGCUCCUUCUAGGGCCGUGGCAGAAUUGCUGUGAACUAUCAUUUUGCUUGAACAUUGGCUAAAUGUACAUCAUACCGGCGUAUUCCUAUUUUGUGAUAUUUUCUCAAAAUCCUUUGGCAUUUUCUCUUCAGUCCCCCCUCUUCCUAUUAAUGGAUAUUGUCUAUAGUAUUUUCACCUUUUCCCUUGCUGUCUCUUUCCUUUCUAUGACCCCAUAAUCAGGGAUGACUGAUUAAUGCCAGGCCAUUUUUAUGUAAGGUUUUCCCAACUAGCACAUAAUGUUCUGAGAACCAUAUGUUUCUUAGAGCUUGGUGAGAGAGUGAUUGUCCUAUGUUUAUUUUGCAUACAACUUUUCCACAACUUUCUGGGAAUGGUGCAGGAUAGUUUGGAACAUUCUCAGCACCUUUAAGGAACUUGACAAGAAAAUUAUAUUUUCUGGGUACUUCAUUACUUUUACAGAAUGUUUCCUAAAAGUUCAAACAUGGUUACAUUUCAUUUCAAUUUUGGUCAUGUUCUAGGAAUGUUCUCCAACUGGUUCGACAUUGGAAAUGUUCAAAAUGGUUCAACUUCGUUAAGAAACAACGUUCUUCGUUGGGAAUUUCAGUACAUCAGGCAUAACAUUUUACUACAGGUUUCCUCCUGGUUCCAUUUAAAGUCAUGUUCUCAAAUUGUUCCGAGAACAUUAAAAAAACUUUUCAUAGAAACCACAAAACUGUUGUAAUGUUCAGAGAACGUUCUAGGAAUGUUAUUUAAUAACAUACAUUCCAUUCUCAGCAUCACCAAAAUGAUCUCUAUCCUCAAUCUUGUUAAGUGUAUUCAGGUGCGUUGCCUGCACCCACUAAUUGGCCACACCUGGUCUUAAUGAGCGUUCGUUUCAAAUGAAAUGGGGUCUGUUUGAAUAAACUAAAAUGAACAGAUUUGUAAGCGUAAAAAAUAUGGCAUGCUAGCUCCAUCCUGGUGGUGUGGUGGACUAAUUCCAUUGAUAGAUUAUAGGUUCGAAUCUCACUGAUGCCUUGUCACAAUGAAAAAUAAAUGUGUUUGCAUGAUUAAUGCAUAAGGAAAUGUAUUUCCAUGUGUCCUAUCUGUGCAAGUAACCCACUAUCGCAAAAUCAACAAAACAAUUCACAAUGUCAUUGGAUUUAGGUUAAAAGUUUGGUGGGGAAAAAAACGAAAUUCCCUUCUGUUGACUUUUUGAAAAUCCAAUUGGUUUCCCACGUUGAUUCAACAUCAUCACAUAGACAUUUUUUUGUAAUGACUUGGAAACAUCAUUGAUUCAACAAGUUUCUGCCCAGUAGGAAAAGUCACAUCCAGUGAACGUUUUAAGGAAGUUAUUAAAAAACCUUGAAAUAACCUAUAAUUUCCAUUCUCAGAGCGUUAAAGAAACUUCCCAGGAAUACUUACAAGGAACCAGAGUAAAACAUUCCCAGAACCUCCUGAAUCCCCAAAAUAAACCUUCACUUCACUUCUGUUCUCAUAACGUUUACUGGUCAGGAAACGUAUGACUUAAUUCCCACAACAAAUGUGAAACCAAAAACAUACUUUACCACAACUUCCAAGGAACCAAAUGUACUAGCUGGGGUCUCUUCUCAAACAUAAACAUUGUGUGGUUAUUAAAGGUACAUGGUAUAGCUCAUGAGUGUGUAGGCACUACUUUUUUCAGCCCUGCAUCCCGCUAAGGGAUGUUUGUUUGAUUACACUUUUCUGUAGAGAGUGGUUGUUGUAUAGCGCCCACAGAGUCUAAUGUAGCAUGAAGAAGGAUGCUAACAAUUGAUGUGUUCUAUUGGUAUUGAAGACAUCCGUCUGUUGGCUAUUGUUGUUUAUUGAUAUCUAUUCAGCUACAUUAUAUGAUACUAACUGACAGUUUACUGGAAUAAGUAGAGGAACUACUUAAAGAUGCAUACAAACAGUAUAUUGUAACAUAUAUUUAUUUGACCUUUAAUAGUUUUAAAUAUUGUGUAUAGGGAGUAUUUGAAUACUUGUGGAUACACAGAUAGAGUAUCCAAAUAUAUCGUACUGCUCUGUCCCACUGGGCACCAACUGGUUGAAUCAACGUUGUUUCUACAACAUUUCCACAAAGAAAUGCAAUGUUUUUCCUUUUGAUGAUGUUGAAUCAGUGUAGAAGAUUAAUUGGAUUUGCAAAAACUCAUCAACGUACAGGAAUUUUGGAUUUUUUUGUCAACCAACUUUUAACCUAAAUAAAAUGACAGUCUAAGCUGCAGAAGGGAUUACUGAUAGAUCAAGAUUCUAAAUGAGGGGAAGCAUGAGCUCCCCUUAAUGCAACAAAAGUCAAACUUUAAUUAAACCAUUCUCCUAUUUGUUUAAAAUGCAAUUUUGUACUGUUACAGUUGUACAUUUUUAAAUAAAAGCUUAAACGAA